AGGAACGAGAUCACAGAGGGAGAGAAAGAGAGAAAGAGGGAUCGCCGGAGUUUGGCUCCGAUCCUGGUUGAGUCGCCGUCGGCCGCCUCCUUCACCCGUAGCAGAGUAUAGCCCGCUGCUUCGCCGGAGGAAAAGGAGAGCACCGUCCAGGCUUUAGACACGUCCCUUGUGGAAUUACGACUAUUAGGGAAUGUUGAAAAGGCAUCAAUGACAGCGAACGAAGGUGUCAAUGGGACCACCGUUGGUUUUGAGAACCAAAAGACCAGCACUAGUGAAAAUGAUGCUUCUGGUAGAGCAAAUAUAAGAAGAAAAGCUUUGGGUGAUGCUAGCAAUGUUCGAAAAAGUGACGUUUCCGAUGAAGUUGUAUGCAUUGGGUCCAAGCCAAUGAAGUACCAAAGUGAGGGCUUCACAUCUUUGCAGCGUGUUUUGGUGGAUCCAAGGAUUAGGAAAGCAGGAGUUGCAAAAGAGAAAUCUUUUGUGGUGGUAAGUUGCAUUUCUGCUUCCUAUUUUUCCCCUUCUUUUGCUCUCGGCUAUAUCUAAUAUACAAGUGAUAGUAUUUUUUCUUGUCCUGCAGCAGCCUAGCAUUUUGUUUCUGAACUUAUCAGAUUAAUCGAUUCUUAAAAUUUGAAAUUUGGUGAGUAGCAAUAAAUAGGUUGGGGGUAUGGUUUAUUUAUGCCUUCGUAUAUCAUAUUUCUAAGACUUGGUAAGAGGACGGAAAACUGAAGUGUUUGUUAUUGCUGUCCAGACUUUAUUGUCAUGUUGAAAUAGAUAGUAAUGUCGUCACUCUUGACACAAUGAGUAGUUGUAUUUAAAGCCCUAGUGAUUACCCAGUAAUAGCUCAAAUGGGAAUUCACGAAAUAGAGACAUAGGAAAGUGGUCACGAUUUGAUGGUGUUGGUGAAGAAAAGAGCAACUGAAGCACCUAAAGGAGGAAUAGAUUUUCAUCUGAAGCGAUAAAACUGGAAAAGAAAAAGGGCAACAGAAAGGAACUUGUAUUAAAAUCCGAACUCGCUUUUGUCAUGUUGAAUUGGUCGGGUCUGACAAUUCAUUUCUAGGAUAAAAUCUUUUCCGUGUACCACAAAAUAUGGGGUAAUUGAAGUGCCUUGGACCAGUUGAAAAGAGCGACUGAAGCACCUAAAGGAGGAAUAGAUUUUCAUCUGAAGCGAUAAAACUGGAAAAGAAAAAGGGCAACAGAAAGGAACUUGUAUUAAAAUCCGAACUCACUUUUGUCAUGUUGAAUUGGUCGGGUCUGACAAUUCAUUUCUAGGAUAAAAUCUUUUCCGUGUACCACAAAAUAUGGGGUAAUUGAAGUGCCUUGGACCAGUUUUGAACUUCCUUAGACAAGGAUAGAAUAGCACCUUAAGCUGUACUACACAAGGAGUAGCACUAGUCUUAACUACCAACGAGGCCUUUUGGUAGUAGUUUCUGUUGUGCUAGGGACAAAAUUUUUCGAGGGAUGGUAUUGUGGUUGUGCCUUAGAAAGGACAAUAUUGGGUCAGGCCGAGGGAUGGCAGUGCGGUUGUGCCUGUAUCUUAAAUAAGCCUUUUCUGGGCAGGUGAGUCCUCAACCUAAAGUGGACAAUGUUGUUGACAAGGAGGUUGGCCCUUACAAAUAAGAUUUGUUAUGUGUAUGUGUUUUUUCAUUGAAUUUUGGUAGAAUUAGGAUUAAUGAUCGAGAUGGCAGCAUAGUACCAUAAGAUAAUCAAUGACCAUGCUUUGAGACCAAAUAAAUCCGUUCGUCAAUUUCAUCCCAAUCAUCAGAUUUCCCGGAAUUUUCAGCUAACAUAUUGGUUGUGGCUCGCCCUUUGACGGACUUUUGUGCCAUGCUUUGAAUGUCAAACUCAGAGUAAUAUUUGUCAUUUAGUGAGCCUUCCAACCAAUGCGGACUUCUCCAAAAGAUAUUUGAUUGGGUCAUUCUCAGUCACCAGAAGGAUGCAGUGAUGCAGGGUGUAUUGCCUCAAUCGGUGUAAAACCUAAAUCAAGGCUACACAGGUCUUUUCCACUUCAGGAUAUCGGAUCUCGAAAGUAGUAGACUUCUUACUGAGCUAAUAUAUGGCAUGUUCUAUUCCAUCCUUUGGUUCUAAAGACUCUUCGUGAAUGGCGAGAUACAAGAUUAAAGGCACGCCUAUCCACAAUUCAAAGACAUCAUAAAGAAAAAGCUGAAUCAAAUUCAGCUUUACUUGU